AUCACUUUACACCGUUCUUUUAGUCAAUAAAUUGUGUGAUAAUCCCAAAAACAUCAGUCGAAUCACUGUGGAAUUUAAUAAGUAUUUUCAUUCAUUGAACUGAAAAUCCACAAUAAGUUCUUCGCUACACUCGCUGCCAGUGGGUCGGGUACUCUGAAGUUAUGGUUGUGUCAUAUGUUGUUGUUGUUGUCAAAUAAAAGAAAAAGAAAUUACAAAAGAACAAACAACAGCUAGAACGAUGUCAACAAAUCGAUUAGCAUAGGCAAUAAUAAACCAUGAAUAAUCGAUAAGACGAAUCGGACGAAAAACCGACUAUUCCUGUGAAAUGAACUAAAAGUGAAAUAGAGCAAUUUUUUUUUUGUGGUGAAGGCAUGAGCUUUAUAAAAGAUCCUUGUGGGAUUGUGUGCAUUUUGAUAACUUAUUCGGCAAUUUUGUACGCGGACUAUGUGGUCACACAAUGGAUUGUCUUGUACACGAUGCCAAAUAGUCUGUGGGGCCCAAUCAAUGUGGUGUUAUUCAAUACGAUCAUUUUUCUACUGGCCAUUUCCCAUUUGAAAGCCGUAUUUUGUGAUCCGGGCCUGGUGCCGUUAGCUCGAUUGGAAUUUUCCGAUUUUCAUGCGGCUCGCAACCAUGAACAUCGCUAUGCCGACGAAGAUUGGACGGUUUGCACGCGAUGCGAAACAUAUCGGCCGCCCAGAGCGCACCAUUGCCGAAUUUGUAAACGGUGCAUUCGACGCAUGGAUCAUCAUUGUCCGUGGAUAAAUAAUUGUGUCGGCGAACGAAAUCAAAAGUUUUUUCUGCAAUUUCUGGUAUACGUCUGUAUACUAUCAAUUUAUUCUGUAUUCCUGGUAAUUGCCUCGUGGAUUUACCCAUGCACCGGUGAUAUGUGUACAAAUGAUUUGUCUGAGGCGCAGUCCAGAAUGUUACAUUCCGUGCUUCUACUGCUAGUGUCAAGUCUGUUUGGACUGUUUGUAAUUGCAAUAAUGAUAGAUCAGUUGAGUGCAAUUUUUUAUGACGAAACGCCUAUUGAGGCUUUACAAUUCCGCGGUUCUUAUCGCAUCACCAAUCCCAAAUUACUGUUAUUGGCCGACGUGUUUGGGAAUAUGCAUCCAUUAUUUUGGCUUUUCCCCUGUACAGAACCAAAAACAUAUGAUACUCCUUUAAUCAGUCAUGAUGUAUAACUUAUUAUAUUAUAAAUAAGUCAAAAUAAAUUAAGUGUGAAUAAACAUGCACGCCUUGCUGUGUGCAAAUCAUUCUAAAAAGGGUUUUCAACAAAAAAAAUUACGCUUUUUUU